CCUGCGACGGAGCGGCGGCCGAGAGCGCUGAUCUCCUCAGCCAGCGACGUGACUCGCCGAGUUAGAGCGCCGUGCUCGGGGGCAGGGGAGCGGUAGUCACCUCCAGCGAUCCGGUCGCCACCGGUAACAUGUUACGCAACCACAGUGACUCUGACAGCGACUGAGUGACUCGUGUUAGCUUAAAGAAGCUAACCCAGCUAGCCAGCCCCCCCCUCUCCCCCCGACACAAGCUGCCGACAAGAGCCAGUUCUGGUCCCAGCGCCGGGCCACUUCACCGGGGAUCACGACCGCGACGGGCGUCCGGCAGACCGGUUUGCUAUUUUCCUCUUUCGGCUCCACGUCGUUUCAUCUCUUCUGAACCAAUGGCUUUGGUGACGGCGACCAGGAGACUGAUCCACGUCACGAUGAGGGCAAGUUCAGCCGGGACAGCGACUGUCAGCUCGGCGAGGAGCACAGCUGCCUCCGCUGGCAGCGCGCCGGUACUCCGGGGGCGAAACACUGCGGCCUGUCUCCGCCAGAGGCACUUCACCACCAACACACAACCUCUCAGAUCAGAUAAUAAGGUCACGGUCCACUUCAUCAACAGAGACGGGGAGAAGAUCACGGUGAAGGGGGCCCCUGGAGACUCGCUGUUAGACGUCAUCAUCGACGAAGACUUAGACUUUGAUGGCUUCGGAGCUUGUGAAGGAACGCUGGCAUGUUCUACAUGCCAUCUGAUCUUUGAGGAGGACGUCUAUAAGAAGCUGGGGCCCAUCACAGAUGAGGAGAUGGACAUGCUAGACCUGGCCUAUGGCCUGACUGACACGUCCCGUCUUGGUUGCCAGAUUUGUUUGACUAAGGCACUGGAAGGCAUGGUGGCCCGGGUCCCAGAGAGUGUAUCUGACAUCAGACAGAGCGGGGAUGGAUCCGCUUAACUGGCGACCAGCACCUGACUGUUAGGCUCUAGAGGCUAGACGGUCCAGUCUUGUGAUGUCAGAAUGUAGGUUACUGCACAGUGCAGGCCUGGUGGGCAGUAUACGUGUCAUUUUAUCUAUUCUGAUUGCCUGGCUCAGUAUCGUCUUUCCCUCAGUUUUAAACCUACAGUCCUGUGUGACAGACCCGCGGAGCCACCCCUUUAUUUUUUAUAGCCAGCAAGAAAUACUUGAGCCCAUGUCGAAUUCUUUUCAGCAAAAAAAAAACAAACAUUUUUUUAGACAUAGAUGAAGACUAGCGUUGAACCCAGGACUGAGCUUAAAUGGCAAUAUAAAUUUUUGGAAUUUUCUAGCAUAGCCUCUGUGUUUAGGAGAGUCGGUAUGUCUCCCAGGAGCCACAUCUGAUUCUCUACUGCAAAAGUAAGGAGUGAAGGAAGACACCUUAGUUGGAUCUGUGACUAUAACUGAACGCCCAUCCCAAGUUGAAACUCUAAAUUGAAGUCAUUGUUUUUCAGUUUUCUGUGUAGAAAGAAAAUAUACAACCUAGCUGGCAGCAGUAGAGUCCUUAAUGUCAUUCUUAACUUGACCUGGGUUUAUAUUUAAGACUGACAUGCUUUGAAAAUGUCGUUUCCUUUUUGUGUUGGAAAACUCGUGUGCCUUGGAGGGAAAGGUUUGUGCAGGUUUUCGUGCUUACGGUUCACUCUGCGAACCCGUUUUACUUAGUUAUCCACCUGUCCAGUUGAAAGUGUGAUUAUUAAAGAAUCAAUUACCGUAGAGUUUAGUUCAGAUGAAAGCCUGCAUAUACACCACUCUGUCUCGUACGAUUCAUAUUUUCCCUCACAAAGAUAUGAGUUUAGAGUCAGCCAGCCAGCAGUGUUGCCAGCUGGGAGAGAUUUCUGCACAUGUCUGACAUCUUAGUCAAAUACCUCUGCAAAGUGGACAGUAAGCGUCAUAGAGCCUAACGCUGCAGCCCUGUGGGAAAGAUAAGGCUGCCUGUUAUCGGGGAAUCAGUUGUUUGGUGCUUACGAGGUGUUUUCCUCAAACAUUGUGCCGAUUCAAAGAAGGUUGACUCAGUUCAUCUGGUACAGAUGUGUCAUCACUCAGCUAAGUGAGAUCGUCAGUCUAGACUGCAGGUGUCCCCACCCUUAUAAACAACACAGUACCAUACAGUGCAUAACGACCGAAACCAACGACCGGUUUCAUAUGGUGUGACCAUUAACCAGAGUUUCACUGGCCAUAUGUACUAUUCGAUUGCAACCAUCCCCAAAUCCUCUGUGAGUAGUGCACAUGGCCAUGGUAACUCUAGUUAAUGGCCACGCCAUAUUUGAUCAUGAAACUGGUCGUUGGUUUCGGUCAAGGCUGUGACACAAGGCCGCGGCCAAUGUUGGGCUGUCGGUGAGCGUCAGUGACCCUAGUUUUUGCGGUGUGUCCCGCACCGUUGUCGGACCCCUGUCAGCAGCUUUUCGGCCGAUUCAGCAUGUUGAAUCGGCAGUGGAGCACGUCGGUGAGAGAGAUCACUCUGAUUGGCUGUUCAGCUUAGAGAAUCAGUGCAUGAGAGGAGAAACAGAAGUUAAGAAAGCAAGCAAACGACGAAGUCAAGAGGCCACACAGAAGGCUCUUCUCGUUUUUGUCUUCGUCUCACCUGAACAUUGAAGAACUUUUCCUCUCACACAGGUGCAGAACGUACUACAUGCUGGUUGGCCAUGGGCUGUAGUCUUUGCCGUGUGUUCAACUGCUACUUUUUGGCCCAGACGCAGGCGACAUGAGGCGACGCAACAGUCGGCCUUUGUCGCCGCUGGUUCUCUGAUGUUGGUUUGGUGUGUCUGGACCCAUCUUACGACGCUGUGAUGCAACAUUCCCCAGUCCUCUGUGAAUAGUACACAUGGCCAUGGUAACGCUAGUUAAUAGUCACGCCAUAUUUGCAUAUGAAACCGGUUGUUGGUUUCUGUCGUAAUGCAGCUGUAUUGUUUAUGAGGGUGGGGUACCUGCAGUCAGGUGAGACUGAAGAGGUCACUUAGAUGAUGAUGAAACGUGUCAGUAAACGUCGUGUCCAGAUGAACUGAUUCAACCCUCAUUGACGUUCUUACCUGGAGUAUUGAGCACCAAGACCGUCUGUAUGAUCCACAUGUCACACACUGUUUGCAGUGACCGGUGUUGUUGAACGGUGUCUCUUCAUGCAGGAGGCUCAGCACAAUGUCAGUCAAUAUGUAGACAAGAUAAGAGACAGCACUGCUCCCCAAACCACUAUGAACUCAUCAACCCUGAAAGUAUCAUUAGAAGUAACCCCUUCCGCUCCUCUCCUCCAUUUGAUGGAAUCCCACGUGUGACCUGCCGGGACGGCUGUUGGGUUGCAGCCCCCUACACAGCUCACAUGACUCGGUGUCCUGUCAGACGAGGGAUUUCCUACUGGAGUAAAGAGGCGAAGACGCUAAGUGUUUGAUGAAGAGUAGAAUCCCUCACUUAAUUGUACAGACCAACUUCCAGGCAGUCGUACUGGGAACCGGUUUCAGAGAUGAAAGCUGUCGGCAUGUAGAGAGAGGGUUUACCUCGAAGACUAAAGAAUGUAUGUUGAACCCAUUCUUCUUCCUAUUUCUUCCCUGAUCUCAGUUUGCUGUAUGUUAACCCCACGUGGCUCAGCUCUGACUCAGUGGCUGCCUUAACAAAAGAAAAAAGAGUUUGUGUUUUUUCCUGCUUAUUUUGAUGAUUAUUAAAGAUCAUUUUUAUUUUGAUGAUUAUUAAAGAUCAGGAUUAUUUUGAGAUGAUUAAAGAUCAGGAUUAUUUUGAUGAUUAUUAAAGAUCAGGAUUAUUUUGAGAUGAUUAAAGAUCAGGAUUAUUUUGAUGAUUAUUAAAGAUCAGGAUUAUUUUGAUGAUUAUUAAAGAUCAGGAUUAUUUUGAGAUGAUUAAAGAUCAGGAUUAUUUUGAUGAUUAUUAAAGAUCAGGAUUAUUUUGAUGAUUAUUAAAGAUCAGGAUUAUUUUGAGAUGAUUAAAGAUCAGGAUUAUUUUGAUGAUUAUUAAAGAUCAGGAUUAUUUUGAUGAUUAUUAAAGAUCAGGAUUAUUUUGAGAUGAUUAAAGAUCAGGAUUAUUUUGAUGAUUAUUAAAGAUCAGGAUUAUUUUGAGAUGAUUAAAGAUCAGGAUUGUACCCCUGAGGGUUUAAUCGGCCGUCCUGUGUAAGACUGAAUUCAGACUGGCACAGGAGCUGCCUGGUUUUUCACCUUGCAUGACUUGGUUGUGACCGUUUCUGGGGUGUCCGGGUGGCACAGCAGUCUAUUCCGUUGCCUACCAACACAGGGAUCGCCGGUUCGAAUCCCCGUGUUGCCUCCAGCUUGGUUGGGCAUCCCUACAGAUACAAUUGGCCGUGUCUGCGGGUGGGAAGCCGGAUGUGGGUAUGUGUCCUAGUCGCUGCACUAGCGCCUCCUCUGGUCGGUCGGGGCGCCUGUUCGGGGACUGGGGGGAAUAGCGUGAUCCUCCCACAUGCUACGUCCCCCUGGCGAAACUCCUCACUGUCAGGUGAAAAGAAGCGGCUGGUGAGGCCGAGUGUAGGAGGCGGCGUGUGGUAGUCUGCAGCCCCCCCUGGAUCGGCAGAGGGGGUGGAGCAGAGACCAGGAGUGGGGUAAUUGGCCAAGUACAACUGGGGAGAAAAAGGGGGAAAAAUCUGAAAAAGAAAAAUGACGGUGUUGGAGUCUUGUGUUCAGGCAGCAGUGCGGUCACAUGACGGUGGCGCAGGAGGACACGUUACUCCUCUUUCUGUGCGGACGCCAUGUUGACCGAGGGAGCACGUUAACUGAUUUUACCCGAGCACGGCGGCUGCAGGUGUCCGCCGCGGCACCGUGCUGCUCAGUGGCGCCUGUGCAACCGUGCAGCUAGUGAUGCAGCAUGUUGAUGCCUCACUGAGCUGCUGGCCUACACCUGGUUUUAUUCUAACACGUGUGUACCUCCGAUGUCACUGCAAUCACUUCAUGUAACCACACAAAUCCACUCUCGUGUCAUUGUGCACACUUAACACACACACACACACGUGUAUAGUGAAAGUUAAUGUAACAGAAUAAAUAACCUUUCAGAUGACCGGCUGAGCUCCUCUUCUGUCUGU